UGACCGAAGUCAGGAACUUUGCAUCCGUGCAUCAGUCAUCGUGGUUACUAGCAUUUUCCUUGCUUGUACAUCUGUUGUUCCUCUAAAUAAUUUUAAGAAAAAUGCCUAUCUCAAAGAUUUUUGCAAGACAAAUAUUUGACAGCAGAGGCAAUCCAACUGUAGAGGUAGACUUAACCACUGAAAAAGGUUUAUUUAGAGCUGCUGUUCCCAGUGGAGCAUCUACAGGUAUUCAUGAAGCAUUGGAAAUGAGAGAUGGAGACAAAAGUGCUUACAUGGGUAAAGGUGUGAAAAAUGCUGUAAAUAAUGUAAACAAUGUCAUUGCUCCUGCUGUAGUAGGAAAGCAAUUUGAUCCAGUAAAACAAACAGAAAUUGAUGAAUUCAUGAUUGCACUGGAUGGCACAGAGAAUAAAUCAAAAUUAGGAGCAAAUGCAAUUUUGGGUGUUUCUCUAGCUGUAUGCAAAGCAGGAGCUGCUCAUAAGGGUGUGUCACUUUAUAAGCACAUUGCUGAUUUAUCAGGAAAUACCAAUAUUGUGCUUCCUGUACCAGCAUUUAAUGUUAUUAACGGAGGAAGUCAUGCCGGGAACAAAUUAGCUAUGCAGGAAUUUAUGAUCUUGCCUACUGGUGCAUCAUCUUUUACUGAGGCCAUGAAGAUGGGUUCUGAAGUUUAUCAUCAUCUGAAGGGAGUUAUAAAAAAGAAGUUUGGUUUAGAUGCAACUAGUGUAGGAGAUGAAGGUGGAUUUGCUCCAAAUAUUCAAGAUAACAAAGAAGGCUUAGAACUGAUCAAGGAAGCCAUUAAUUUAGCUGGAUAUACUGGAAAAAUUGAAAUUGGAAUGGAUGUUGCAGCAUCAGAAUUUCACAAGAGUGGAAAAUAUGAUCUUGACUUUAAAAAUCCAAAAUCUGAUCCAUCAGCUUUCAUCACACCUGACCAAUUAGGAGAUAUUUACAUGGAUUUCAUCAAAAACUAUCCAGUAGUCAGUAUUGAGGAUCCCUUUGACCAAGAUGACUGGGAUGCAUGGACUAAAUUAAGUUCUAAUGUUCAAAUUCAAAUCGUUGGUGAUGACUUGACUGUAACUAAUCCUAAACGUAUUCAGAUGGCUGUAGAUAAAAAAGCCUGCAAUUGUCUGUUGUUGAAAGUAAAUCAAAUUGGAAGUGUCACUGAAUCCAUUAAAGCUCAUAAUUUAGCAAAGGCUAAUGGAUGGGGCACGAUGGUAUCGCACCGCAGUGGUGAAACUGAAGAUUCAACUAUUGCAGACUUGGUGGUUGGUCUAGGCACUGGCCAGAUAAAAACGGGUGCACCUUGUCGUUCCGAACGUCUCUGCAAAUAUAACCAAAUUCUUCGCAUCGAGGAAGAACUAGGAUCUGCUGCAAAAUAUGCAGGCAAAAAUUUCCGAUGCCCAAAAUAAAAAUAAAAAUUUUGUUACUAAAUGUUCCUAAUAGAUCUCUAUGAAAUGUAAAGAUAUCAAAUAUUAGUGGAUUGUUUCCAAAAAUCUAAAUAUUGUUAUUCAAGCACUUGGUUCAUGUUAAAAUAAAAUUAUGGUUUAAAUGUGAA